AUGUAUACAUCGCAAGCACCCAUCGCUGCAGCUCCAGCGCAAAAAAGCCGAAAUGCUGUGUGGCCUCUUCUUGCUAUAUGUUGUUUGGCCUUAGUGGGUCUUGUGGUAGCAGCUAUAAUUGUUCUGGCUUUAAUACCAGUUUACUUACCAAAACGAGGUGAAAAUAUUAAUGGACGAGAGACACAAUUAGGAUUAGCCAAUGGUUCACUUACGGUCAAAAGUAUCACCAGUGUUGGCAAUGCAGGUCGACGAAAGCGCUUAUUAACAUUUAUUUCAAUAUCAUUUGGAGGACUUCCCCCUGUUGGCCCUGGAGGAGGAACGGUUCGUACUAUAGAGACAAGCACUGUAACAAGUAGUAAUGGAAACGGAAAUGGUGGAAGUACAAUGGGUACGUAAAUCUUAUUAUAGUCAUGCCAUCAAAAUUUUGCACGACAAGCUCAAAGAACACCAGUCGUAGCAAGAUCUGCAUUGUAGUAAAAAGAACCUGCCACAGAAAUUUGCUCUCUACGAGUGUUCAUCCAUUAAAAGUACCUUUUCGGAGAAUGACAACAUUAUUACGUUUGCUGCUAGUGUUAAAUUCAAAGUCCGUUUUUGCUUGGAUUGAAGUUGAUCAAAACAAUAUUUCAUCUAUACUACAUGUGAUUGUAUAUAGUUCUGAACGUUUGUGUUCAACUAGGACACCUGUCGACUUACUAUUGACUUCUUCAAAAAUAUUCUGUAUCCACGCCUUCCUUCUAGCUGCUUCAUCAGCACCAAAUCAAUCACUUAGAACCAGUCUUGCGUCUCUGAAUUGAUCAUUCAUAUUUGACGUAUAUCAAGUAGAACGUCGAUAAAAGACACAUUAUUAUCACAAUGUACUAGAAAGAGAGUAAAUGAACACAUCCUACCAGUCCAAGUGCUGUAUCGAACAUGGCUACAGCUCCUUCUACCAAUACAAGUGAGAUAGUUUACUGUUUGUUAAUAUAUAUUAUCAUCACUAAAAAAGAAUGAAGUUGAAUAUAUUUUGAAAUAAUGCUUGAUAGGUCUUGUGAGUUUUCAUUAUUUUACGUACCACCUGUUCACCAAACUAUAAUUAUAAGAUCAUACUCAAGUUCAGCGUAAAAAAUGAGUCGAGUAGACUAUACUAGAAAUUUUCAGACGGUCUUAUGAGUAGCUUUGCUCGAUCUAUACGUGAUUGCAAGGACGGAUUGUACAGUCGACUGUAUACUUUGGCCCUCCCAGCUCCAAAGUUUGCUUGUUUUACCAAUCUAAAUACACAUUUUUGUAGAGCUCAUCUGGAGCUACACAAUGCACUAUUUGAGUUUUAGUUUUGAGUGAGUAAAGAUGCCAAACGCGGCUCUUUGGUUAGGAGUCAUCACGAACUUAUGAAUAUCUUAGAAGCCCAAUACGCAUAUCUCUUCUAAACAUUAUUUGAUGACACUUAAAAUCUCCACACAGACAUAUUUUUAGAUGCUUCUUCCACUGGUGCGUUCAAAAUAUCAAAAUAAUAAAUCCAAGUAUAAUAGGUUUUCUAGAGAUCUCUUCAAAAACCAACGGAUUUCAGAAAUAUAAUUUCGAACUUUUAGCCAUGAGGAAUUGUAUCUCUACUGAAAUUUUCACCCUCCCAUACCUCUGGAGUGAGGAGAUAAACCGAUGUCAAACCAUGAAAAACACACGACACGAUAUCAUCUGGAUCCCCUCCACUAUUUUGUAUCGUAUUCGAUCAAACAAAACGUUUUCCGCAUGAAUAAAUCAGAAGAGAUACAAUUUCAAAUGGGCUACAAUUCCUCAUGGCU